CAUGUGACAAGCCAGAUAUCCUAAAUGCUGUGAUUAAAGACCCGAAAACAAGAUACAAAUUCAAUGAUCUACUCACUUAUGAGUGUAAGAUGAAUUAUGAACUAUUGGACAGUACUACCAGACCUACUGCUACCUGUACUACAAAUGGCUGGACCAAGACACUGGGCUGUAAAGAAAUAGAGGGAGCAUGUAUCAACCCAACUGUGAGGAAUGGAUUCAUAGUUCAGUCAAAUGAGAGGAAUGUUGAUCCCAGGAAUAGCAAGAUAUACUUUUCCUGCAAUGAAGGGCUCAAACCCUUUACCGGGGGCUGGUGGGGUGAAGCCACAUGUACUGAGGGAACAUGGUCUGGAAUAUUAGAGUGUAUUGAUCAAUCACAAUGUGGCAGAAUCCCUGUCAUUCCCAACACAAGAAAGGUGCCUCACAGUGAAGUCUAUAACAAUGAACAAACUGUUACAAUUGAUUGCAAAGUUGGAUACACAUCUGAAACUAAGACUAUAAAAUGUAAGGAUGGAGAAUGGCAAACACCGUUACCAGCUUGUAGACUGCAAGGCGUUCCAUGUGAUCCUCCACCUAAAGUUGAAAAUGCAAUUGUUAAAAUCCCGUAUCAAAAUAAAUAUAUAGAGGGAUUUGAAGUGAAUUAUGAAUGUCGCAAGUCCUUUGAAAUAGAGGGACAUAAAACACUUACUUGUGAAAAUGGGAGUUGGACAACUCCACCACCAACAUGCAAACAGUACUGUGGUAAGCCUGAGGGCGCAGGGAGGAGAAUGGAGAUUCCUGACCAAGUGCUGGAGAGAUACGAAAAUGGGAACCAAAUAGGCUAUACAUGCAUUAGCCCAUACAAAGGCCCCGGAGGAAAAGCAACUUGCAAGAAUGGAGAAUGGCACAUGCCAGUUGAGUGUAACGCAAGCUGUCCUGAUCCUCCUCCCAUUACUAAUGGAGAUUUCACCAAGGAAAAGAGAGAUGUUGAAGGUGUAAUUACAGAGGUGUCCUACCAAUGCAGGAGACAGUUUACACUGAGUUUCACAGGCAGCAUCAGAUGUCUGAAUGGAAAAUGGCCGAGUCCUCCAAAGUGUUUACGGCCUUGUGAGAUUUCCACUUUUGAUGCAGAGUACAAUCUACAGAAUUUACCCAAGAAAGAUUAUACUGCGCACGGUGAAAAAAAGACUCUUCAUUGCAAAGAGGGAUAUUACCAUAAAUUGAAACGUUAUUCACCAUGGAAUAUAGAAGGAAUUGAGGUGAAGUGUGAUGAUGGAGAGUUACAGUAUGGAGAACACAUACCUAUAUGUAGCCAUCGUUAUUCAUAGGUAGAUGAUGAACAUAAGGGACUCAUGAUGUUCUCUCCAUCAAUUUCAAGAAUCCGUACAAAGCCGCCUUUUUAUGCAAGGAGAAGAGCCAUUUGCUUUUGUGGUGUCUGUCGCUUGUUUAAUUUAGAUUUAGAAGAAAUGUGAGCCAUCCAGUAAUGGAAUACAUGUGUCUUUUC